CGUGAGACUGAUGAAUAAGAAAAACGAAUGCAUUAAUGAUCAAGGUGUUGAUGAGGAAGAGAAUAAAAGAGGGAAAGAAUACACAGAGCAGGUGAAUAUUCAAGAAGAAGAUGAACUGCUGAUGACGAGGCAUCAAAAAUGGCGAUUUUCUGAUCAAUAUUGCCACGCCAUUCUCAUAACAAACAACUAAUCUGUACCAAACCUCCAUCCAUCACUCUCCUUGAUCAGGUACCACUUGUACGAUCAAUUCACCACUACAAAAAAUAUAAAUAUACUUCUCUCUCUCUCCACACAUACAAUUUCUGUUCCUUAUGAGAAGAUUAAUAUUUUUGCCAACAACUCAUCACUUUCCCUACAAAAACCACAGCACUCUUCUAUGUCCCUCCGUUUCGAAAAAAGGUCCCAGGUGGGCUCAUAUGACCACCACUACAACAGCCGCCGCUGGAACUCGCCGGAAUAAGAAGAUAGUGGUGAUAUUAGGAGCCACGGGCUCUGGUAAAUCAAAGCUUUCUGUAGACUUAGCCUCCAGAUUUUUCACUUCAUCGGAGAUCAUCAACUCUGAUAAAAUCCAAGUCUAUAAUGGCCUUGACAUCACGACCAACAAAAUCCCUUUGCAUGAGCGAGAAAACGUACCCCACCAUCUUCUUGGCGAGUUCCACCCCUCCAACUCACACCCCGAUUUCACCCCCUCCGACUAUCGAUCACACUGUGCGGCUACCAUUUCGAAGAUUCUAUCCCGCCAGCAUAUACCCAUUAUCGCCGGUGGGUCGAACUCGUUCAUCUACGCACUUCUGGCUGAAAAAUUCAGUCCCGAAAUAGACGUGUUCAGCGAGUCAGACUCGAUCAACUCAGUUAUUUGUAAACAGGUUCGUUACAACUGUUGUUUUGUCUGGGUAGAUGUUUCUUUACCCGUUUUGAAUCAGUAUUUAGUCAAGCGAGUCGACGAUAUGCUUGACUCGGGGAUGUUUGAGGAGUUGGCAGAUUAUUUCAAUGACCCCGAUUCUGACUCAGUGAGUCAAUCCGGAUUAAAAAAUGCCAUUGGAAUACCGGAGUUCGCGAGAUAUUUUAAUAGAUUUAAAAAUAAAGCAGUUACUGAGUUGGAAAAUAGGCUGGCGUACGAGGAGGCAGUGAAGGCAGUCAAGGACAACACGUGUCAACUGGCUAAAAGACAACUGGGGAAGAUCCUACGGCUGAGGGACGCAGCCGGGUGGGACCUGAAGAGAAUAGACGCCACGGCGGCGUUCACGGCGAAGCUGGCAGGCAAAAGGGUGGAGGAUAUUUGGGAAAGAGAGGUGGUGGAACCAAGCGUGAAGAUUGUGAAGCGGUUCUUGAUGGAGUAGGUUUUCCAGCUCACUCGUAACAAUCCCCCUAUUCUCUCUCUUGUUUGUUAGAGUUUAAUUUUCACUUUUUUUUGGGUUGACAAUUACUUAUUUUGUUUUUGUUUCUGUGAAAAUCCUUUACACCGUUGGUUUUCUAGGAGGAGACCAAUUUUGAAGAAUUAGAUUAGGCCGCUAUGAGAAAUUGUGAUACUUUUUGAGAUAAAGAAAAUUACGAACGACA